CGUAAUCAUAAUUUUUUCAUUAUUUUGCUCUACUUACCUACUUAUCCCAGAGCUUCACCAGUCCCUAAAGUAAGGUCGCAAUAAAACCAGAAUAUCAUUCUAAUGUUCUAACGAGAAUACUCUAUCAGAUGAAGAUGAAACACAAAAUCUAUCGUCGGAUAUCCCAUGAAGUCAAAUUAUAAGUAUCAUCCGUGCUUGAAAAGCAAAAUUUGCUUCUUCUAAUAUGUUUUUUCUAUAUUACUUGUAUUUGGUUGUUAGGGAAUAAUUUCUAAGCUUCAAAGUUAAUGAAGAGGGUUAUAAUAUCAGACGCCAUUUACUAUUUGUGUGACGUAUGGUUUGAAGAGAUAAAACCGUACUUGGUGCGUAACAACAUCAAGGUGCACGGCGAUGUCGGCGGAGGAGAUCUAAAACGUUCAUCUGCUUCACCAGAUUGCACUCACACCGAUCCAGGUAGAUUUAAUCAUCAUCGGCGACGGAAUGCAAGUUAUGUAGACUCCUCUUCAAUGCGGCUAACAGCAUCGAAAGUGCCGUAUCCCAAGCGUCCAAUGCAACCGCUCCCUGUUGUGCUUACAGAGAACCAAUCACUACCGAUUCAAGGAUAUAACUGGGAAAAAGAGACAGUACGAAAACCGCGCAAACGGCGAAAGUGCCAAGUGCAAACACAACCUAGACCACUCAUACCACGCCUCUGCCGUACCUGGCAACAAUGUACAGAAGCAACUUGCCCUACUAUAGAACCUGUGAUAAAAAUACCUAUACAUUCGAAGAAUAAGCAGUUUUUGCAAUCAAAUAUUUAUCAGAAACCAAAGAAGAUUCCAACCAUGGAUGCGUCAACGCAAACUGAUGUGCCUUUGAAAUAUACAAGUAACUAUAAAGAAACAACAAAAAACCCUACGUCUUUGAAGACUACGCGAUGUCCUUCAAAUACGACUUUUUUAAUUCCAAAUAAUAAACAUGUCAAUGAAGGCCCUUUGUUUAAAGAUGAUCUUAUUGACAUAAUAGCUGAAAGGCAUGAUAAAAUACUCAAGGUAUUGUAUACAAGUCCAAGAAGACAAGAAAAGCCUUCUGUCAUGAAUUUAUUUUCGCCGUCUGAAAAUCGCCGCAAGAAAAUUCGCAAGCAGCAAAGAAUACCCCCGUGGAAAUAAUGUCUUGAAAGACUUACUGAUAAAUAUAAUAAUUUAUAUUGGUGCAAAUAUCUGUGUGUUUGUCAUAGUUCAUAUACAUAAAUAGAUAAAUGACAAAUAAUC